AUGGAUAUGCUAAGAAAUAUAAAAGAAGCAAGAAAUAUAAAUGAAGCUGAAGUUGAGAAACAUCUGAUAACUUACCUAUCUGAGCCUGUAUUAAUUGAAGCUGCACUAAAGAUACUAUCAGAGAAUGGUAUAGAGCUUGGGGUGCUAAUGGAACUGGAUGCUAUCAAUAAAUCUAGUAGAAUUCUUAAUGCAGAAAGUCAGGAGGAGCUGGUUAUUUCAUUCUUAGUCAAAUGUUCAGUUCUCAAAUUUCUUGAAGAGCUUUUUGAACUAAAGUUUUUAAAGGAGAGAUUUUCCUACCUGAAAGACUUUGAAGUAGGAUUUACCUACUUUAUUAGACUUACAGAAAAACCAGACAUAUCAAUAUUCAAAAGUAUUUGGGAUCAGUAUGGUACAAUAUAUUUUAAGAAUAAUCAAGAAGAUUCAGAUCUUGGAUUAGUUAUUAGACAUAAGGUGGAUAAAAAAUGUUUUGAAGUAUUGGUGAUACAGAAUAUACUUGAAAGUUUUCUUUGUGCACAGAAUGAUGCAACACUACUCUGCGCUCCAGAAGACAAGUAUUUUCUGUAUUAUAUGUUAACUUGUGCUUAUAAGAGUACUAAGAAAAGGUUACAAGUUAGUGAUGAGCAAGAAGAAAGUUCAUUGACUGCAAAGAAGUACAAGCAGAGUAGGAAAGAUAAGAAAUAA